AUGGAGAGCGGGAGCUGCGCGUAUUCCGCGGUGGUGGGGGAGUUGCUGGGCCUGGGAAGGCUGGAAGAAGCGUGCCGAUUGCUGUGUGCAGCGAUGGAGAGACGGUCGGUGUGGGUGUCGCCCUCGCUGGUGGAGCGGGUGAAGUGCUGCUUUGCGAAGGUGGAGGCGUCGGAGAAGCUGUCGGAGUCGAUGAAGCGGAGGGUGAAGUUGUGGGAGGAAAGGAUGAAGAUGGCGGAGAUGCGCAGUGAGAGAUGUGAGUAGAGGGAGGAGGGUUGCUGGCUGGUAGUAGUUUAUUGA